AUGAAGGAUUGGCACGGCCGACAUGCAAAUCGUAUCCAGCAACUGAGCGAUGCAGUCUCCACCACUCAGGCAAAGAUUGAAGAUAUCAAUCUUAGCUUAGCGGAAAUUGACGAGUUGGAGACGACGGAACUGACAGACGAGGAGCAAAGAGAAUCGAUUCAACUCCACAGCGAACAUAGGCGAACUAAGCUGAAAGAGUAUCUGAUCAAGACCCGCAACACUAUUGUUGACAGCCAACUCCAAACGACUUACAAAGAAAAGAUUAGAGGCGGAAGCCUGGCUGUGUUUUGCGUUAGCAACAUCCUAUACUGGGAUGAACGACAUAAGCCGAGAGACGUGGCCCUCCCAUCACUGCAGCUAAGCGGUAUCCUUGCUCUGCGAAAGCACUGCCUCGGCAUUAUUGCGGAUAGUCAGUUGAGUAUUGCCAAGAGACAUAUCGAGAACGACAUUCCAGCUAUACUUGGAGAAGCUGCAUUGUGGGUUGAGUCUGGUGCAGGAAGCGCCGUUGCUGAACAAAAGCUCCAUAUUCGAGACACGCUGAAUUUGAUUGAGUCUCGGCUGAAGAGGGUCAGAGAAUCCUCAAGAAACUUCUUUUUGCCUUUGGAUUUUUAG